AUGGAACUAGAAUUUGCAAAAUAGGAUGAUGAGAAAGAUGAAAAAUUAAAAAGCCCUAAAAAAAGUAAACAUAAAAUAGUUUAUGAACAAGAAAAAGAAUAAGAUAAUAAUCAAUAAAUGGAUGCUGAAAAAGAUAUUUAGCAAAAUAUACUUGAGAUCUGCCUAUAAAUAUUUCCAUAUCCUGAGCCUUAUUCAAUUUAGAUUGAAAGCAUGAAAAGUAUUAUCAAAUCUUUGUGUGAGAAAAAAAAUCUGCUAUUUUAAUCUCCGACAGGCACCGGUAAGACUCUAGUAACUAUUUGCUCUGCUCUUGCUUAUGCUAUAAUAAAUCCUAAUGUUUAGGUAUUUGUUUUAACUAGAACAAAUGAAUAAAUAAAUGGUUUUAUUAAAGAAAUUAGGAAAAUUCGAAAUUAUGCAGAUAUUAGUAGAUACUCUAUCUUAGCUGGAAGAGGUUCAUUUUGCUUGAAUAUAGAUAAAAUUAAGUCACAAAUUUAAAUGCUAGGUACCAGAAAAUCUAAAUACAAUAAAAAUCUUAGUAAGAUUUGCAAUUUAAUGAAACAAAAAUUAAAUUGCAAUUGUGGAAAGUGCAAAACAUCUAUAAUAGCAGCUUCUAAUGAUGAUAUAGAUGAACCUUUUAGUAUUUUUUAAAGAUAUAAAUAAGUGGAUAUUAAUUAGAGAUCUAGUUAAAAUAAAUAAGAUUAAGAUUAACAGGAAAAAAACUGUUAUAUGUGCCCUCAUUAUAGGAUUUACUAAUAAAUAAAAGAGAAGAAGGAAAAAGAAACUAUAAAAAUGAAUUUACACUUCCCAUAAGUUCGCUCAGCUUCUGAUUAAGCUUAUACUUUGCCUGAUAUAGAAGAUAUGAAGAAAUUAUUUUAGUAAAAAAAUUUAGGAUGCCCAUUUUAUUUCAACAAGCUAGCAACAUAAAAUGCUAAAUUAGUUUUUUCUACUUAUAAUUAUGUCAUUAAGCAAAAUAUUCUAGCAAGUAUUUAAAAUCUUUUUAAAGGUAAAGUUAUAGUAAUAUUUGAUGAAGCACAUAAUGUUUCUGAGCAAGCUGAAUAAGAAUAAAUUAUUAAAAUGAGUAAUAAAUAUUUUGAAUAAUUCAAUAAUACACUUGAAAAGGUUUAAAAAAUUUUUUAAAAACCUCAAAGAAAUGAGAUGCUUCAAGUAGGUUAAGAUAUUAGAGCAUUGAUUUAACUAGAUAUUAAAUAGGAAUCUCUUUUUUUAAAGGAAUAACUUCUUAAAAGAGCUGAUAAGUAAAAACAAAAUAAAAGUGAUAUUCAAGAUAAAAAUGGUGAGGCUGAUUAUGAUAAUGAUGAAGAUGAAGAAAAAUUUUUACAAAAGUACAAACAUGCUAAAUACAACUCCUAUGCAGUUAAUACUGAAUAAAAAUUAUAUAAAAGAAAAUUUAAUUAGAACAUUUUAUUUUCCUCUAAAGAUUUGUAUGAUUUAGCAUUAUCAACAAUUAAUUAAAGUUCUUAAGUUUCGGAUGAUUCUCCAUAAUGUUUAUAAUAAAUAUAAAAUUACAUAAAAGACUCAAAUAUAAACAAAAGCUAAAUAGAUGUUGAAAGUAUCUUCAAGCUUUAUUAAGAAUAAAGAAUAAAGGAGGUCUACUAUUUUCUUGAUAAUUUUUAAAAUCUUUUUUUAACAAUUAAAGAAAAAUGUGGAUUUCUUGAAAAGAUAUUUGAUUAAAAUAAUAAAUCAUAGAUUCAACAAUUUUGUAAACUCUUUUCUGACAAAGAAAUAGUAAAAUAGUUUGAAUAACUUAAAGUUAAUGAUGUUGAUUCAGCUUAAAAAUUUCUGGGUAAUUUAGAAAAAGUAUUUAAAAUCAUUUUAUAUAUAAAGAAAGUAAUAAAAAUAAAUACUGAAGAGGAUAUAGAAUAAAAAGAUUAAUAAAAUAAAGAUAUUUAAGGUGAAAAUAUCAUAGUAAAAGAAAAUAAUAAUGAAAUCUAUGAAUUAAAUAUAAAUUACAAAAACAAUAUUAAAAAACUAGGUGAAUAAAUUGAAAUUAGCUAUUUUUCUAAGAUUUGGCAUUUUUUCUAUAAAUUAUUAAAAAUGAGAAAAUUACAUGGUUCUUAAGAAGAUCCUCUCUAUUUAUCUAACCAUUAUAUUUCUCUUUUAAGAAUAGAAGAAUAAUAAUUCAUACCAAUCUUACAAAUAGGUUGUCUAUCAGCAUCAUACCUAUUUAAAAAAAUUUAUAAAAAGAUCGAUAUUAGUUCCUUAAUACUUACUUCAGGUACACUUGAACCAUUUGAGUUAAUUUAAAAAUCUUUAGGUUUAGAAUUUUAAACUUACACAUCGCCUCACAUAAUACAUUCAUAGUCAAAUCUUUUUACCUAAUUUAUAAGUUCUUGUGAUGGGCAAGAUAUCUGCUUUAGUAUGAAUGCACUGAAAAAAGAAAAAAACAAAAAUAAAAUAUUUCAAAAUUCUCAAAUCGUUUUAAAUAAAAUAAUGUCAAAACUUAAUAGGUAUAGUCAACAGGUCAAAGAAAAAUGUGGAAUAGUCAUAUUUUUCAAAAGUUAUUAAAUGCUUUAAUAAUACAAAUAUAUGAUAAAUAUGACAAAAAAUGCAGAUUUUAAGUUUUUUGAAGAAAAAAGAGAUGCAAAUGAUUUUAAAAUAUAAUAUAGUUCUUAUAAGUAAUCUAUCUAGUAGAAUAAAUCUAAUUGCAUAUUCUUGGCUGUUAAUAGAGGUAAGCUCUCUGAAGGUAUAGAUCUAAAAGACAAUUUAUGUAGAGCAGUAAUUCUUUUUGGUGUCCCUUAUGCAAAUCUUUCAGACCCUUAUAUAAUAUGUAAAAAAACCCAUGCUUAGCUUUAUUUGGGAGAAAGUCAAUGGUAUUAGAAAGAUGCAGUUAAAGUAGUCAAUUAAUCUGCAGGAAGAUGCAUACGUUACAAAGAUGAUUGGGGUUGUAUUUUCUUCUUAGAUUCUUAAUACAGUCUAGAAACAAAUAUAAAUUAACAUAUUUCUAAAUGGAUUUUAGAGGGUUAAAGAAAAAUUUAUAAAGAUUCAGAAGAUGAAUGGAUUGAAGCCUAUGAUAAUUUUUUAGAUAUGAAGGCUUUAGAGAAAACAGACUAAGAUUAAAGUUGA